AUGGCUACUGCCCAGUCACCUCGAUUAUUCUUAAACAAAAAAUUUUCGCCAAGUGAUAAUUUCUUCAAUAAAUGUUGGCAGGUAGUUCUUGCUGCUCAGUUGUCCUGCUGGACAGGACAAUUUAUAGGCCAUGGAGUAUUCGAGAAACGUGCACCAGCUCUUCUUGACAACCUUUGUCAAGCUUUUGUAAUGGCUCCAUUCUUUGUCUUGCUUGAGGUACUUGAAAGCUUGUUUGGAUAUGAACCAUAUCCUGGUUUUCAAGCCAAUGUGCAUGACAAGAUUCAGAAGGCUCGCCAAGAAUGGCAGACCAAAAAACAGAAGAAAUCUUCUUAAACUUUCAAUCAUGGCCGCUGUAAGUUAUUUUAACAAGUUGUGUCUCUUAAUUUACUAUGGAGAAGGGUCGAAGUUAUGCAUUUGUUGUGUCUUGGAUGCUUUUGAAAAGUGUACUUGAAAUUAAGGCAAAUAUUGCAAACUUUUUAUAAAUUUAUUCGUUUACAACUGA